CUCCUUUUCUGAUUUUUUUUUUUGCUCCCGGUUCUGUCACUGUCCCUCUCUCCGCCUUCUGUUCGCACCCCUGCUCCCCUCCCCGUUUUCUUCCCACCUCUUGCUUCUACUCCUCCCCUUUUGCCCUGCCUACCUCUAUGCAGCUCUGUGUGAUCCGGAGCCCCGGGGGUCUGCGCCCAGCCCAAACUUAGUCGCCCACUCGGCCCGGGCCGGGUGCCCGGGACCCGGAGCCGCCAGCCCUGGGAGCAAUGGAGCAGACCUACGGGGAGGUGAACCAGCUGGGCGGCGUGUUCGUCAACGGCCGGCCGCUGCCCAACGCCAUCCGGCUCCGCAUCGUGGAGCUGGCCCAGCUCGGGAUCCGGCCCUGCGACAUCAGCCGCCAGCUGCGGGUGUCCCACGGUUGCGUGAGCAAGAUCCUGGCGCGCUACAACGAGACGGGCUCCAUCCUGCCGGGGGCCAUCGGCGGCAGCAAACCCCGCGUCACCACCCCCACCGUGGUCAAGCACAUCCGGGACUACAAGCAGGGGGACCCGGGCAUCUUCGCCUGGGAGAUCCGGGACCGGCUGCUGGCCGACGGCGUCUGCGACAAGUACAAUGUCCCCUCGGUCAGCUCCAUCAGCCGGAUUCUGAGGAAUAAAAUCGGGAACCUCUCCCAGCCGCACCCCUACGAGGCCAACAAGCAGCCACCUCCGCAGCCGACGCUGCCCUACAACCACAUCUAUCAGUAUCCCUACCCCGCCCCGAUGUCCCCCGCGGGGGCCAAGGUGGGCUCCCACCCCGGAGUGUCCGUCUCCGCCGGACACGUCAGUCUCCCCAGGUCCUGGCCCUCCGCGCACUCGGUCAGCAACAUCCUCGGAAUCCGAACUUUUAUGGAGCAGACAGGGGCGCUGGCCGGAGCCGAGAGCUCGGCGUAUCCCCCCAAGGUGGAGGACUGGGCCAGCGUCAACCGACCGGGCUUCCCGGCUCCGCAGAGCGUGAACGGGAUCGACAAAGCGGCCAUGGAAGGGGACAUUAAAUACCCGCAGCCCCCACCGGGCCUCUCCACCGUGGGCAGCUUCCUCCCGGCCUGCGCCUACCCCUCUUCCAACCAGCACGGCGUGUACGGCGGGCCCGGCGGGGGGUUUUUGCCCCCCGGGCAUCCAUGGCAGGCUCCGAGCAGCCCCCUGGCCCACCACGGGCCCAGCGGGACCGUGCACGGGGGUGACAUCGCCACGGCCAUGGCCUUCAAGCAUCCCGGCCGGGAAGGGGCCGACCGAAAGCCGCCCAGCCCAGUGGGCAAAGCCCAAGACCCUCUAGGGACCAUACACGGACUGUCCAUCCCGGCUUCCUCCUCCUAGGGCGCGGCUGCCCGUCGGGAGUGCACGGCGAAGAUCCCAAGGGGCGCGGUAGGGCGAUGGAGUUGACCCGGACGCUUGGCCCUCGGAGGCCGGCCCAACCCCCCGGACCGGCGAAGACCCCUCUGGGGAGACGAAGCUGCAGCUGGGACCUGCCCUCCGGCUCGACCCCACGGUGACCCAGGAGAUUCCGGAUCCCCGCCGAGGGCCCUGGCGGAAAGCGGGACAGGGUGGGGGACGGGAAGAGGGAUAGAGAUAGGGGUUAACCAAUAUCUUAAAACAAACCAAACCAAAACAAACCUGGGCAGAGGCUGCUGAGUCCUGGGAUUGAGCUAAUGCGAGGCCCAGGAAAUACAGCCCUAGCGUUCUCCCCGUUUGAUUGCACACCGGCCCCAGCCCAGGUCCCCUUUCCCUUCCCGGCUUUUCUGCUUUCCUCCCCCUAGGAUCCCCUGAGAGGUUCCUGCUCUCCCUAGUCCGUUUCUCCCACAUCCAGCCCUGGCUUCCCGUCCGAGCCCCGCAGCCCAAUUCCUCCCCUGCCUUUACUCCUCCCGACGCCCGGGCCUCCCGCCCCGGGAACGCCGCCUCUCCGAGAUGGAAAUGGACAAUAAGCCACAGCCAUUUUAUUUUAUAUUUUUAUAAUAACACGAUGAAUAAAACCCGAGUCAAUCUGG